CCUCCCGGCGCGGCCAUGGCCUUCCGCCGGCGGGCCAAGAGCCACCCGCUCUUCAGCCAGGAGUUCCUCAUCCACAACCACGCCGACAUCGGCUUCUGCCUGGUGCUCAGCGUCCUCAUCGGCCUCAUGUUCGAGGUUACAGCCAAGACUGCCUUCCUGUUUAUCUUACCUCAGUAUAAUGUUAGCGUGCCUACAGCAGAUGGGGAGCUGGUCCAGUAUCACUAUGGGCUGAAGGAUCUGGUCACCAUCCUCUUCUACAUCUUCAUCGCCAUCAUCCUGCAUGCGGUGGUGCAGGAGUACGCCCUGGACAAAAUCAAUAGGCGUCUCCAUCUCUCCAAGGUCAAACACAGCAAGUUCAAUGAAUCGGGACAGCUGGUUGCCUUCCACCUCACCUCCGUGAUUUGGUGCUUGUACGUCGUGGUGACGGAAGGAUACAUAUCAAACCCCCAGAGUUUGUGGGAAAACUACCCGCAUGUUUAUCUUCCGUUCCAGGUGAAGUUUUUCUACCUGUGCCAGCUGGCGUACUGGCUGCACGCCCUGCCAGAACUCUACUUCCAAAAAGUUCGUAAGGAGGAGAUUCCCCGCCAGCUGCAGUGCAUCGCGCUCUACCUGGUGCACAUCGCCGGCGCGUACCUCCUCAACUUAACCCGCUUGGGGCUGAUCCUCUUGCUGUUGCAGUACUUAGCCGAAUUCUUCUUCCACAUGGCCCGGCUGGUCUACUUCACGGAUGAGAACAACGAGAAGCUGUUUAACGUCUGGGCUGUGGUAUUCGUGGUCACCAGGCUCUUCACCCUCACCUUGUACAUCCUGGUCAUCGGCUUCGGGCUGCCGCGGGUGGAGAACCAGGCCCUCAACCCCGAGAGAGGGAACUUCUUCAGCUUUCUCUUCAACAAUAUCCUCUUCAGAAUGAGUGUGCUGCUGUUGGUGUGCCUCUUCCAGGCCUCGGUGAUGUGGCGCUUCAUCCACUUCCAGCUGCGGCGCUGGCGGGAGUACUGGAACGAGCAGAGCAGUCGGAAGCGAGCCGCUGCCGCCGCCAGCACCAAGCAGCAAGCCAAGCCGCUCAAGAGGGACUCAGGUUACCAUGAAAACGGGGUGGUGAAAGCGGAGAACGGCACCUCUCCACGAACCAAGAAGCUGAAAUCGCCGUAGAAGCAAAGGCUUGUCUCCUGGGGAGGAGGGCGAGAUACCGGGACUAAGAAGCAGCCCCUCCUCCCGGUCCUCACGAGCGUCGUCUUGAACGGCUUGGAAACCGGUCAUCUUCCCAAGGUGUCUCUCGCUCUCCUUCCUUCCUUUCUUGCUCUCUUGAACCAUUUGCAAUAAAACCAAAAAGGUCCCUUUCCCUGCUCCCUUCCCCUCGUAGGAGCCUUUUCCAACCCUCCUGGUUUUGCCUUCCUCUGUUUCAUCGUAAAUGAGUGUGCAAUUUUUUUUCUUUUCUAUUUUAGUGUUUGGUUAUUUUGGAUUCUUGUUACAAAUGCAUCGUAGAUGGUUCCAAACAAUCCUUUUUUCUUCUACAGCAUGUUCCUCCCCUCUCUCCGUGGUGCUUCCCUGAGCCCCAGGGUCAGGGCCACGGCAGCUUGAAGGUACCACGUGUCUGUUAUGGGAACAGGCUCCUGGGGGAAUGCGCUGGGGCUCUGUGACCCUGAGGCUCAGGGGUGCUCUCGGGUGAGGGUUGCCUCUCCUGGGGCACGUCUGGCCAGUGCUUGGCAAGUGCCACAGGAUGGGGGUGCUGCAAAUAGAGACUAGGGUCUGAGGGAGGAACCUCAACCAUGUCUUGUCUCAUGGUGGACUUCUGGUUAAGUGGGGUUCCUCCGGCCCCUGAUUUUGAGCUAAUUUUGGAGAGCUGGGCAGCAGAGAAGGGAGAGAAUUCCCCUCUUCAUAUAGAAGGCCCACCUCCUAGGCUUUGCUUGCCCCAGCUCUUCUGGUACAGCUGGGUCUCUCUUACCCUCUUGGCUGCAGAAGGUGAGCUGCCCUGUAGUUGUUCUGGACCUCCCAGCCCCAAGAGCUGGGCUCAGGGCUCUGCAGCUCGCAGUGCCUUGUCGUGGGGCAGCAGCAUCCUCAGGUCCACAUGAAACCUUGAGUCCUGCCCCGCUCUGAGUGCUGGCCUGGCUCCUGUCAGCCCAGGCCCUUUGCCAGCUUGUGUGUGCUUCGUGGACCUGGUGUUCUCAUGGCUCAUGACCGUGUCCAGAUGACAAACUGGCUGCUGCAAAGGGUUUUUGCAUCAGUGGGACUGUGCCCCUCAUGCUGUCACCUUAGCCUUCCUCAUCGCUACCGUACCAGUCCAGCCGUGCCAUCGGCAGCCACCAGCUUCACUCUUUGUUUCCAAAGGAUACAGAGCUUGUAUCCACCCAAGGUGCUAUCAAAUGCAGGGUUUUCUUCCAAAAAACCUAGCCCCUUCAUCCCUUUCUGAGCUGUGAAUGAGAUGACAGGGAAGGGGAAGGAAGCUGGGGCUGCAAGGAGCAGCUUGCAUAUUAGGAAAAGCCUGACCUGUGACGCAUAGCUGCUGGCAGAUGGAGUUGUCUCAAAUCUACCUCAGAGGCCAUCUGUUGCUGCAGACCACUUUCCCUCUUGCUCCUGCCCGCUGCCACCUGUACGUGCUGGCAGGAGAUUCGUGGGAACUCCAGAUCCCACCAGCUCGGUCCCCUGCUGCCUCUUUGAUGGGGAGCAGCAUCUCCUGCCCAGGGUUUCGUGGGUCAGUGCCAGCUCACUGAGCUUCUUUGGGGUGCCAUGCACCAGUCUAGAUUUGGUAGGCGUGCAGUAGAUGGGCACCUCUCACCCCACAGCUCUCCUCCGGGGCAGUUUCUGUAGCUAGGCUUUGCUGUUGGUGCCUCUUGUGCAGCGAAGCCGGCUGUAGCUUUAGUUCUGCUUUUGCCGCAGCAGGAGCCGGCGAGCAGUGUGCUCCCUCGGCUGGGCGAGAAGAGGGGGGCACAGGGUUGGGGGAAGCUGGGGUGCUCCUCGAUAUGCAAGCCAGGAUUGAGGUCCACCUUCCUUGCAGGUGAGGGAGGCGCAUGGUUUUUAGCAUGCCCCUUGCUCAGCCCUUCGGGCAGCUGAUCUCUGGCUCUCUCCGAGUGCAAUUCUAGCUUGAGGCUGGCGCAGUCGUCCUUCGCAUCAUUCGUGUUUUGGGGAAUGGGUGACAGUUGAUUUUCUGCCCCUCUUUGAGUUGGGUUGGGUUUUUUUCCUCCUUCUGUCUUUUCUCCCUUUCUCCCCCUCUCCUUGUUGAGCCCCAGCUAACGCUGGGCGCCGGAGGGAGAAGACGCGCAGGGACACGAGGACAGUUGGUCAAAUUCCACUUCGUCUUCCAUCCCCACGACCUCUGAGUGUCAAACGAGAGAUAUCAGCAGGAGAGGGAUCCCCCCUUUUUCAGGGGAGCUGAGGAAAGAGGCUUUGGAGCAGAGCCCUUGGUGGUAUCUUGCAAUUGUUCCUCGUAGCCCGUGCCGGGUAGAUGAUACACAUUUUGGCUCCAACAGAGGCAGCAGCAGUACCCACGGUGCAAUGAUCAGAGGGGGAAAAGAGCUUUAUGUUAGGGAGGACAUGGAAAAGGUCUAGUGUGAGAGGUUUUUCCUUUCUGCUGCCUCUUCCCAUCCCCAGCCAUCCACUGCCACGUGCCCUCCGAGAGCGACUGCUGGCUGGCAUCUCUCCAGAGCCUCAGCCGGUCCUUUCUGCAAAGCCGAUGCCUCGCAGCAGGUGAGGUAUUGACUCUGUUAACAGGUGACACAUGCAGUCCCCCAAAAAACUGGCUGCUGAAUGAUUCCUCCUCUUGCCUGCUUCGCUUCAGGCAGCUUUUCCACUUGCACAAUCCUGCGUCUUCAUACAAUAGCUAAUUAUGCUUUGUAUCCCAAGUGCCUUAUGUUGCCAUGUAGUGUCUCGUACGCUUGAUCUGUGUACUAUAUCAGUAGCUGAACGCCCUCCCUCUUUACAACGUAUGUACAACAUAUGCUACAUUUAUGUGUUUUUUGUUUUCUUUUUGAUAGAGCUACCAGUAAAAGGGACGGUUUCUUUUGGAAGCAUUUCCAUGUGUUCUUUUUUUUAUUAUUUUUUUUUAAACCUAUAGAUGAUGGGGCUUUUUUUUUGCCCUCCCCUAUAUUUAGUCCUCAGAAAUGCCCAUCCUUCUCCUGUUAUACCCAAACGUGGCAGGCUGGUUUUUUUGAGCUGAGCCUUUGUUGUAAGGCAAUAUGUGCACUGUCAUCCCAGAGCUUUGCGAUCCACCUUCCAUUGGAGGGGCUGCCAUGGGCUGCUUCUGUCUCUGUCUUCUAGUGCAAGCAGCAUCCCUCAGCUGCAAGCCUGCAGUAACUGCUUCUACGUCCAUGUCAUUUCUCAGCAGACCGAGCCUUCUCUUCAGCCCAAAGAGCUUUUUCUUUCCCAAACGGAGUAUUUUCAUUGCAAGCCCUUAGUGGGUCAGUCUUUCCUUGACCGCUCUGCGUACAAAGAUGCCGCGAGCUCGCUUUCCUUGAGUGGAUGCUCUUCUCAUGCCCCAUCUUGUCAAGCCCUGUAUCUUCUGCAAAAAAGACCCAACCCCAAACAGGACCUCUUGUCCACCACAGUGCAGAAAGUGUUAGAGACUAUGCAAAACUGCAAGUCUUUACUUCCAGUGUAACGCUAUUGCUUGCACCCUUCCCGUGGGCUUGAGGCUGCUUUUGAGGUGUGUGUCCAUUAUCCAACCUAAGAAGGUCAGGGAUUGAGUAGUCUGUGAUUUUUGGUGUGAAGCGUGGUGUUUUCCUGCCCUAGCCUAGAAGAGCUGUGAAAUACCAGCAGUAGUUCUCUCUUUUUGUCUUAGAUAGUUGGGGAAUGGGCUUGGGAAGAGAAAGGGGCGGAGGAAGAACAGAUGUAGCAUUUCAUAUAUAAUUUUUGAGUGACUCAUGUUACGGGGCAUUACAGUUGCGUUGGUUUUUUUUGUUUGUUUAGGAUUCUUUCUUCUUACUCUUGGGUUAGUAGUAAAGAAGACAAGUUCCAGUUCCCCUGUAGGUCCCCUUACCCUUAACUCGCUAUUUUAAAAUGUAUUUUUGGUAGGCUUGCUGGUUGGAGGGAAGAACGACUACUCUAGGGUGCCUCCUCCUUGCCUCCAAGUGCCUCUUGAAGCCUGUAGCUACCCUGCCUGUACUGCAGUGCAUGGGGGUUUACAGCAGCCUCUGUCUCUUGCCUUAGGUGAAGUCUUGGUAGAUGGACCCCCACUUGCAUGAACAGUAGAUGAAGAUCAUGGGGUUUGAUUUCCAGCCUUCUGGUAAACUUCAUGAGGGUGUAAUAGAUGGCUUGGCAGGCUUUAUACUCAAACUGUGAAGUUUGUUACUUCGCCUCAGGACUGAGGGGGGGGGUGUUUGCUGGCAGCGGGGAAGAGUGGCUGUUGUAAAAGCCAGGCAGAGGCACGUAGUUUUUCUUUGAAUAUGUUGAACUCAGCAGACCAAACUUCAGCAAAGGAACUUGAGGAAAAUUUCUGUUCUUCCAUAUUUAUGCUUUAGUGCAAAUUUCCUAAUUUUGG